AUGUAUUCCGCUUAUGCUGAUGAAAGAGAUACACUAUUUUGUCUCGGUGAUGUCCAUGAAAUGACUGAUGAUCCUAUUUUGAAUAAAUACCCUGAUGUUGAUCUACGUGUUUUUGAAAAAUGUGUGUUUAAACUUAAUCACCAGGUAACAAUGUACCACUGGGAUCUACCGAACAUUCUUCAGGACCUUGGUGGAUGGUCGAACCCAAACAUUGUUGGGUAUUUCGAAAAUUACGCAAAUUUUCUUUUCAAAACAUUUGGCUCACAAGUCAAACUGUGGACUACAAUCAAUGAACCCAGAUUCGUAGCUAUUGCUUAUGGUGAUGAGACCUUUGCACCUAAUAUCGGUGAAGUAUUCAACGGUAUCGCCGACUACAUGGCCAUUCGUAAUGCGUUGCUUUCCCACGCAGCAGCUUACAAGUUGUACAGGAAAAAGUACUUUGCAGAACAGCAGGGUGAGAUCAGUUUGUGCUUUGACACAGCAGCGUAUUUCCCAGUAAAUCCGGAUUCACCUGAGGACAACGAAUGUGUUUCAAAAGCAUUUGAUUUUUCGCUUGGAGUAUUCACUCAACCAUUGAAAAACGGCACAUUUCCACAAUCGUUGCUAGAUCAGGUCGCUAGAACGGACAAACACGAAAACAUAUCUUUAAAGCGUAUCGUUGAAUUUACCGAGAGCGAAAAACAAGAUCUCAUACGAUCAUAUGAUUUCAUUGCUUUCAAUUAUUAUGAUUCAUACAAUGUAAGACCAAUGACCGAAGAUGAGUUCAAGGCUGAGAAAUAUUUACUAAAUAAAGAUUUGGGAGUAAAAUUGUCCUCGAAUGCAGACAACAUGGAUGAUGAUUUACUCACGUGGUUGAAUGAAACCCAAAUGUGGACGAAAGUGAAAAAAAAAAUCAAAUAUCAUCGUGGUAUUUUGACGGAAAUUCACAAAGCGUUAAAUAAAGGUGUUGUUAUUAAAGGGUAUUGCGUCUGGUCGUUUAUGGAUUCGUUGGAAUGGACAAGUGGAUAUUUUAAAAAAUUGUUUGGUAUAUAUAGCGUGGACUUCAACGACCCAGAAAGACCCCGUACCAAAAAGCCAUCUUUUGAGUUCUUCCGAAAAGUUUUCACAACAAGAACUUUUCCACCUGUCUAAUGCGAUUAAUAUGAUUGUGGAGAAAUGGUCUAUUUUAAAGGGGUGAACUUAAAAAUGUUUACAUUUAGAUUUAUUUGAAUUAGAAUCAUUUCUGUGGUCGAACGUAUAAUAAUAUAAUAAUAUAUAGACGAGAAAUAAAUACGUUUAAUCUAUGAUUAA